CUGUCCUCUUUCGCGCGCUUACACACACAGCGACGCACACAUGUAUUAUUGCCAAUCUUAUGUUUUCUAUGUGAUAUUUCCGGUAUAUGUCUAUUUCGUUAAAUUAAGAACUAGAUCUAUAUAGGCCAAUAGUUGACUACUCAGCUUGAAGCAGUCAAUGCAUUUUUUAUCUUGUUAUUUGUAAAACAAGCCUACUAGUCAAGUACCGUAGAGUGUGUUUUUUUUAGAUCUAGAUCUAGACCAAGUCAAGCACAUUUGUCAACGCAUAACCAAACGUUCCUUGCACAGUGGACUGAAGACCUAUGGCUAUAUAUAUGUAGGCCUUUGGGUUAAAUAAAUAGGAACUAGUCUAGAUCUAAUCUAGAUCUAUGUAGGCUUGAUUCACAAUGAUACAUUUUCUAUGGACUAGUUAAUCUUAGUGCACCAGUAGUAGUUAAUGGAUCGUUGGUUUCAAAAAGAGAACCGUGAAGUGAUAGAUAAAAAAAAAAGGUAAAUCUAUGAAGUAACGACAACUGCAGGUAUUGUUUCAAUGAACUUGGUAAAAUAUGAGUUGUGCCCCCAUAGUCGCAGUCGCCGCAAUCUGUAAUGGACAUAAAGGUAUAGGUAAAAACAAGGAUCUCCCCUGGCCAUUUCUCAAAGAAGAUCAUGAAUUUUAUACAGGUCUGUGCAAAACAACCAAAGAUCCAAAAAAAAAGAAUGGCAUUAUUACAGGUCGAGUGGGCUGGGAAGGUUGGUCAGAAGAAAAGAAAACAGAUCCAAAAAUAACCACAGUAGUCAUAAGCAAAUCUUUACCUAAAGAUGAACCUCAUUGUAGAGGUGUUGCAAGAAGUUUUGAGGAAGCCAUUAAUAUGUUAUCAUCAGGCCCAGACAAAGACAAAAUAGAAACUAUUUAUAACAUUGGAGGCAGACUUAAUUACGAGCAUUCAGUAUCUGAUGUACGCUGUAAAAAACUUGUCCUGACUAGAAUAUUUCAAGAUUUUGAAUCGGAUGUUUACUUUCCUGAUUUUGAACAUGCCUUUGAAAGAGUCAGUGACCCAGAAAUUGAUGACAGAAUUCGUGAAGAUCCAAGCAGCAAAAUAAAAUUCCGCUUUGAAGUUUGGGUUCGAAAAUCUGACCAAUAAAACUUAUCUUAUAUUUCAAAAGUA